GUUGCUAUGAGGAAAGACAUCAGAGAUGACUGAUGUUGAGCCUGUAGUCACAGAUUUUGCUGCAUCAGGACGGGCAGGACGCCGAAAUGCCUUACCAGACAUUCUGGGUUCUUCUGCGGGAACUGGAACAUCCGAACUGCCACACAAAUUAGCAGGACUCUCGAUGUCAGAAGGAGCAGAAGGAGGAGAAGCUUCAUCUUCUGAUGCCAUUAUGAAAAACCAAGAGAUGGAAGAAAAAACAAUGAAUUCCUAAUGUUUAUAAAAUGCUUGGUUUUGGUGAUUACCCAACGAACUUCAUUGGUAAAAUGUCCAAGAUUCUGAAAUAUAUAAUGUUUGUAGCUGGCUAAUAUGAAUAUGGCACUAUUGAAAAAUUAGUUAUUUUUUCAAAUUCAUCAAGAAGUAAUUUAUUUAUUUACAAAUCAUAGCCAGUAUCUGCAGAAAUAAAAAUGAGAAUUGUUUUCAGUUAUUGAACAAAUGAAGUCCAAUGUAAUCAGCUGAUUGUUGCAAAGAACCAAAUACAAAAACAAACAUCAUUAAUAACUUGGGGUCUUUUCUGAUAAUAAAUAUAAAAUGUAGAUAUUAGAUUUGGUGUGAGCUUAGUAUAUAUGUGUACAUACCAUGUGCGCGCACACAUACACACAUUUUAUACAUAGAAUAGCACACAAAAACACAUCUCAAAAUCAGUAAUUCGAGGCCCAGAAUAUAACAACUUUAUGUAUGUAAGAUUCACCAUACAAAAGUCAGUGAAUUUAGAUGAGUACAAUUCUGAAUAAACUAUACAACAAAUGUUUUAAAAAUGUAGGACGUUGCUAAAUAGUGGGAGAAUUUGUUAGUGCUCUUUGUAGUUAAGGAACUCAUGAAAAAUGUCCUAACUUCAACAAUGUAGUAAAAAGAGCAUCUAGUUCUAAACUAUAACAGAUAAAUAAUGGACAUUGCUGUUUUGUAUCAGAAGAUAGGCAUCCUUAUUUAUCAAACAAUCAUAUACCAUAUAAGGAGUCACAUAUAAUUCCACAUAGGAACAGAUAGUGGAUACUGAAGAUGUAAGUAGAGGAAUAUGGGACAUUUUUGAAAUAGGACAAACCUCCUGCUAACCACCACCCCCCAAAAAAAUCCAUCUCAGUUCCCAUUGUAACAUCUGCUCUAAUUUUGCACAGUAAUCUGGAAAGCCUCUGCUCUGCAGACUUUAAAGUAACAUUUCUCUGUCACCCUGGAUACCAAAGUUUAAUUUUCCCAGAAGCCAAGACCCAGACUAUUUUUGACACAGCACGAAGCUUGAUUUUUUUUUUAAAGAAAAAGAAAAUGCAUCUGGAGAUUAGCCCCACAAAACCUUUUUCAAAUCUGAACUCGACUGAGAAAUGUACAGAAGUUCAAGACAUACAAAAAUGCCUUUUUUUUUUUUGCUCCUUCAAAAUGUCAAGAUGAACCAAGAUCAACUAAGAUUUUGAAGUUCUUUUGAGUGCAUUUGAUAUUUUGCUUUCUCAAAACUGGCUUUUCUAUAAACUCAAAAUUCUGUUUAUUAGUUUUUAAAACAAAUCCCUGACAUCUGCAAUUGUUUUUAAAUUUCAUUUCAACAUGAGGAAUGAAAUAGAUUAUCCUUACAUUAGAAUAAUGUGUUCUAUCAGUCAUACCUUCACAAGAUCUAAGAACAUAAAAGUUUUUGCUUCAGUUAGGGUGUCGGCUUAUUGGCUUAUAACUGAUUCGGUUAAUGAUUAUUAAAGCAUUUUCUUCCUGAUAUAUUUUAUCUAUUCCAAAGGAUUGAUCCAUAUUUUUUAAU